AUGAAAUCAGGUUCCGCACUGGUAACGUACUAUCCUGCAGCAUUGGCUAGUUUCAUCGCCAGUGUAUCGUCAUCCACGUCCAUAGGACCGGGCAUGAAGAUACGAAUGAAACCAAAAUACGUCUCCAUAGGGGAACAAAUGCGCGCCUCAAAACUUGUGGAUUAUCUCGGUAAUAUCAGUGUGACGUGGGGAACUACUGUGGGUCAGAAGCAAGAGCUCAAUGAGUUAAACAUGCAAUGUGAGCAAGAAAUAACUGAAAUACAGUAA